UGGAAAAUUCUCAGUAAAAUCAGAUAUCUUUAGCAUGGGUGUUGUCUUGUUAGAGAUAGUGAGUGGCAAAAAGAAAGUUUCAGAUACAUGGAUCACUGUGAUAGCCUUCUAGGACAUGCAUGGCUCCUUUGGAAAGAAGACAAGGCCUUGGAACUAAUGGAUGAAUGUUUGAAAGAUUCAUAUGUUGAAUCUCAAGUGAAGAGAUAUAUACACGUGGGCUUAUUAUGCGUUCAGAAACACACAGAGGACAGGCCAUUUAUGUCCAAUGUGCUUUUUGUCCUAGGAAGUGAUCAGGAGGGAGCAAAUUUGCCUGAUCCCAAUGAACCUGGAUUUUUCAUGGGAGGGAGUUACAAUAUUGAAGGAUCUUGUAAACUGCAUUACAAUAAUGAAGAAACUAGUAAACCAGAGCCAAAUUCAAAUGCAGUGAGUAUGACUGAUAUAGAAGCCAGAUAGAGAAGGUUCAACAGAAUGAUAAUUUUGCAGAACAUGCACAUAA